GCGAGAUUGAGCUCGCAAUCUCUCGCACACAGAGAAAGCUCGACGAGCAUCACCAACAACAUGCCGUCCAAGAGAACGUUCAUGGAUGUCGCCAUCGGCGCAGCCGCACCUCAGAGAAUCAUGUUCGAGCUCGACCACGACCGAGUUCCUCGAACCGUAGAAAACUUCCGAGCGUUGUGUACCGGAGAGUUGGGAACCGCCAAGUCCGCCGACGUACCUAUGCAUUACAAGGGAACAGUCUUCCAUCGCGUCAUUGAUAUGUUCAUGCUUCAAGGAGGAGACUUUAUAAAAGGAAACGGAACGGGAGGAGAGAGUAUCUAUGGACCGACCUUCGAGGACGAGGACCUGACUGUGCCGCUCGAUGCUGCUGGGCUUUUGGUGAUGGCGAACAGCCGCAAGGAUACCAACUCGAGUCAGUUCUUCAUUACGCUAGACGAAUGUCCCCAUCUGAAUGGACAGCAUACCGUGUUCGGUCGUGUGGUCAAGGGCAUGGAAGUAGUCCAACAGAUCGCCAAGGUGGAGGUGGAUGACAAGGACAAACCGAUCGAAGAUGUACGAAUCGUCAAUUGCGGAGAGUUGAUCAAGAAAAGUGCUGCUGGGGGAGCCGUUACUGCCAAAUCGACCCCGCCUGUCGAGACCCGUUCUCGCUCCCUCAGUCGAUCGCGCUCCCCAGCUUCAUCUCGCUCCCGCAGUCGAUCCCUUUCCAGCUCGUCUUCCCGCUCCCGAUCGCCCUCCCCCGACCGAAGACGUCGGAAAAAGUCGAGCAAACGGGAUAAGAAGGAGAAGAAGCGCAAGUUGAAGGGUCUGGUUGAUGGGUAUGGCGCUAUAGAUGAGAAGAAGGUUAGGGAAGAGACCGAGGAGGAGUUGGAUGCUAGACUGGAGCGAGAAGAAAACGAAAGACUGGCCGCGGAGAAGAAGGCCAAGCUGGCGGAGAUGAAACGACGGUUCGAGCUCGAACGCGCCGAGAAGCAGAGUAAAGAGGCCGAGAAGACCGGUGGGGUCGUCUACAAAGGCCGAGGCUCAAUGCGUUACCUAGAUCCCGAAUCUACUUCGCGCGGUUCGCAUUCGUCCACCCGAGCAUGGGGCGAUGACCGGCCUCGGGAACCUUAUCCACAGCGGUCGGGCGGUAGGGGUUUCGGAGGGAGGAGGGAAGAACCUUAUUCGCGUGAUCGGAACCGCGAUCGACGUGGGCGCGAUUGGGAAGACCGACCGGACGCCGGUAGCAGAGCCGGUCGAAGAUCGUUAAGUCCUGCUAGAGACUCACGCCCAAGCGCAAGUGGCGGAGGGGUGGAAGGCGAUUGGAGGGUCGGGAGGGAGAUGAAGAUUAGGGGCCGUGGUGAUGAUGAUGAUCGGGUGCGGGACGGGUCGAAGCUGAGCGGGUUUGAGCGGGCUACAGAAGAGGUUACCGGAAGGAGAGGGGAAGACCGGGAGACGAGCGAGCCGCAGGAAAGGGAACCUUCGAGGCCAUCUCUGGUCGAGGUAGAUGCAGAACGGGAGGACAGGGAGAUGGGAAUCCGCAGGGGCGAGAGGAGAGGAAGCGAAGAGAGCAUGGAAAUGGACAUGGAUGACUAGCCUGUGCCGAAAGGUGGCUAUCGCCAUGGUGACCUUGUAAUCUACCCGCCCACGUCUACACAAGAUGAUUUCAACCUUGUCAGAACGAUAACGUGGAAUCCUUUGCUCGUCAUGCAUCGCGCCGGACGAAGCUUUGUCCCUGUGAUCCUGCUGCGAUUGGGCCAAUCUAUCACUGACGGCUUCGGGAUGAGGUGGGUAUUCUUGAGGGCUCCCAUUUACGGCCUUGACUUUAGAUAAGCUUCCAUGGUGGCAUCACCACAAGCCACAAGGGCGCUUCCUGCAGCUGGUCCGCAACGGUAUCCAGCUUGUUCUCUA